GGAGUGAAAGUGUGAAACCUCUCCGGCUCCGUUUUGCUUUUGAAUGAUACCAUAUCCAUCUUCUUCCAAGUGGUGUUAACCAUCUGUAGGCGACGCCAUUCAAAUUCACAUAUUAAUGGCUUCCCUGGCCUACGUUCCUCCCCCUGGAAGCUAUGCACCGUCUUCCCACAGAAAAUCUGGCAUCCCACCCAAAUCUCCUUUCUUCCUCGCCCUCGCAACCCCAUCUUCGUCUUCUUCGACCACCAACACCAACAAGCUUAGUCGCCGUCGAAAUGGCUCUGACACUCGUUCACCUUACAAGGUCCCGCCUCUUCGGAGCAAUGAGCACAAUUUGAACGGUGACCAAAGGAAACAGCAAAAUGACAACGUCAUAUCGGCCGGAAGCCCAUUAAAUGUCGACCUGAUGCGGUUGUGCGAAGAGGGUAAGCUCGAUCAAGUGUUAGAUUUUAUGGGUCAAGGUGCUGCUGCUGCUGAUUAUGCUGUUUUUCUUGCGCUGUUGAAUUUAUGUGAGAAUACCAAGGCGCUUGAGUCAGGAAAAAGAGUUCACGAGUUCCUCAGACGCUCGCCGUUUCGCGGGGACAUGGAGCUGAAUAACAGAUUGAUGAGAAUGUACGGAAGAUGUGGCAGUGUGAACGAUGCCCGCAGGGUGUUCGAUAAAAUGCGGGACAGAGACAUCAGCUCGUGGCAUUUGUUGAUUGAUGGAUACACAGUGAAUGGUCUUGGAGAUGAUGGUUUAUUGUGUUUUAAGAAGAUGAAGAGGGGAGGAAUAAGGCCUAAUGGGGAGUCUUUUGCAUUGGUUUUGGCUGCAUGUGCUCGAGCUGAAGCUGUGGAAGAAGGGCUCAUGCAGUUCGAAUCUAUGAAGAAUGAGUAUGGAAUUGUUCCUAGCAUGGAACAUUACUUAGGGGUUAUUAACAUUCUGGGCAAUGCUGGUCAUUUGAAUGAAGCCAAGGAGUUCAUUGAGAAAAUGCCAUUCGAGCCCACAGCGGAAGUUUGGGAGGCUCUUCGAAACCUUGCAAGGAAUCAUGGAGAUCUAGAUCUUGAAGAUCAUGCAGAAAAGUUGUUGUUAGAUCUUGAUCCUUCAAAAGCAAAAGCCAUUUCUAAUAAACUUCCCUUGUCUUCAAGAAAGAGACAGUCUGAAGUCAACAUGCUUGAGGUGAAGAAUAAAGUCUCUGAAUAUCGGCAUAACAUAACUUACAGAGAGGAGGCAAGUGAGAAAUUGAAAGGCUUGAGUGGGCAAAUAAGGGUAGCAGGUUAUGUUCCAGAUACAAGAUAUGUUCUCCAUGACAUCGAUGAGGAAGCCAAAGAGAAGGCUUUGCAAUACCACAGUGAACGUUUGGCAAUUGCUUAUGGUCUCAUCAGUACACCCCCAAGGACUACCCUUAGGAUUAUCAAGAAUCUCCGUAUCUGUGGUGAUUGCCACAAUGCCAUAAAAAUCAUGUCAAAGAUUGUUGGAAGAGAGCUCAUUGUAAGGGAUAACAAGCGAUUCCAUCAUUUCAAAGAUGGGGAGUGCUCCUGCGGGGAUUAUUGGUAGCGAUUGCAUUAAAGCAAAGCAUGGUCGUAGAUACUCAGUCCUCAUCUGUAGUGCUUUCUUGUCUAUUGUGCUGCCAAAUCCAGUACAUAAAUCGAUCCUUCAAUGACCCGAGGUUUAUUUAUGUUGUACAUUAUUCGUUGGAUUUGGGGUCACGGAAAGUUUUUGGAUAAGGUACCAGCUGUUUGUCACAUUUUCCAUCUAAUAACAAUAUUUUGGUGUGCAGCAUGAUAUUUAUUGGCACCCGGUUGGAGUCAUAAAGAGUUCUCGCAAAUGUACUUUUCUUUAUAUACAGAUUUGUCACCCUUUGACAUGGCUUAGGAUUAUGUCAGUAGAAUGCGAAAAUUCUUGCCAAUUUUCGUGUAACACGUGACAGAAUGUAUGCUAGUUAUUUUUCCUUCA